CACACAAAGAGAAGCUCUUCUCCUGCUUAAACACAGAGAUUCAGAACCGACCCGGUUCGGCUGGAGGGUGGGAUUAGCUUUAGCUUUAGCAUGACAGCAGGGAUGCGUUGAUUCCGAUCCGUUUCAUCAUCUUUCCACAGGCUAGCGGAUGUUCCGGCCGUCUCCAUGGAGUUCCCUCAGAUGACACGUCGGUUCAGUGCUCAGGGGUUUGGGGCAUGGUGACUGCUGUCUGUCAGCCAGAGCAGCGGCGUCUAGCAGGGGCCGUCUGGACCUGAGGGAAGACCUCCGAGAGAGGACGCGGACGGGACCACCAAUACGGGAACGAGAGCGAGAGAGACAUGGGGCAGUGUGUGACUAAAUGUAAAAACCCCACAUCCUCUCUGGGCAGUAAAAGUGGCGAAAAGGAUGCUGGGAAAUCACACGGUAAAAAAGGUGGCGGUGGUACGGGCAGCACGCACAAGGAGGAAGUGGCCAAGUCCUCCACCGACGUCAUAUUCAACGGCACCAAAGUGUCCGAGGUGACGGUGGAGGGCACCACGGCUCCGGCCGUCUCCGCAGACGUGCGGCGGGAGCAGAGCACGCAGGACGGGGAAGGAGUGUCGCUUGCUCGGAUCGAUGAGCUGUUCUCGUGUUACAAGGACGAGCAUGAAGAUGCCAUCCUGGAGGAGGGGAUGGAGCGCUUCUGCAACGAUCUGUGCGUGGAUCCGGCCGAGUUCAAAGUGCUGGUGCUGGCGUGGAAGUUCCAGGCUGCUACCAUGUGCAAGUUUACAAGGAGGGAGUUUGUGGACGGCUGUAAGGCGAUCCAGGCCGACAGUAUCCCGGGGAUCUGCUCUCGGUUCUCCGUGCUGCUAGAGGAGUCCCGUGGAGAAGAGAGUUUCAAAGAUCUCUACCGCUUCACCUUCCAGUUCGGGCUGGACGCCGAGCAGGGCCAGCGCUCUCUGCAGCGCUCCAUCGCCGUCGCGCUGUGGCGGCUCGUCUUCACGCUGGACAUGCCGCCGCUGCUGGAGCACUGGCUGGACUUCCUGUCGGAGAAUCCCUGCGCCGUGCGCGGCAUCUCUCGCGACACCUGGAACAUGUUUCUGAACUUCACGCAGAGCAUCGGCCAGGACCUCAGCAACUACAGCGAGGACGAGGCCUGGCCCAGCCUGUUCGACUCCUUCGUGGAGUGGGAGACGGAAAGACGGCGGAGAGAACAGUCGGACUCCGGCGCGGCCGAGACGGACUGCGAGGCUGCGUCCGUGUGGCCGGGAUCUUGAGGGCGGCCGCGUUUGGGAUGGUGGUGAAUUCUGGACGAUGACGUGCGGAGGUGUUUCUGAGCCCGUCACUCUCCAUCCUGAUUUGUGACUCUCAUUCUAAUUAUUGUUAUUAAAUUUUCCGGUCUUACCGCAUUGGGCAUCCUGGUGCGCUCUCGGACUUUUGUUUUAAUGAAAGGGCUGCAAACAAAUUGUUUUUUAAGCACUUUUAUUUAAGUUAUUGAUAUUGUUCAUUUUAUUUGUUUUAACGUUCACGUUUCAUCCAGAGCGCUAAUAUUUUGGGAUUGACCAACACGCCAAAGAAAAGGGAAUUCUGUCAGAUGCCUACCGAGUUUGAAAACACACACACACACAUUUAUGCACGAAAGAAACCCGCACACACACAUGCCAGCAUUAACGCUGCAGGGGAUGUGUUUUAACGGUUAUUUUUGCUGAGGGUUGUGUAGUGGUUCUUCUGGUUCUGUUUAACAUCAGGCUGCGGUGAUUGAUGUCCUGAAGCCCUCAAAACCUCAUUUCUCAUGUGCUUCCCUAAUCAUUUCUGAUUUAAUUUUGUUCUCAUUCAUGUCUCUGAUGCAUUCAUUGGUUCUGCGAUUCUCAUAUAUUCUCAGUGGUCAGAUGUGUGUGCGGGCGUGUGUGAGUGGGGAAAUACAGAUUCGUUUGCAGUUGGACGUCUGCUGUGAGCUUUUACUUUUAUUUUACAGUUUACAUUAUUUUUUUUUUUAAUUCAAAGUGAUUUCAUUUCAGUCUUUUGUGUCUGGUUUUAUAUAAAUGAAACAGUUUAUAAUUAAUAAAAAUGUGUUCAACAUUGGA